AUGGUGGACAUCUACAAGUUUCUGGGGGUGCAGCUCAACAGGAAACUGGACUGGACAGACAACAGCAAGGCCCUCUACAGGAAAGGACAGAGCAGGCUGUUUUUCCUCAGGAGGCAGAGGUCCUUCAUUGAGUGCACCAGGCUGCUACGAAUGUCCUACCAACUCUGGGAGUCUCUGGAUCUGGAGUUGGUCCCUGAGCUUUGCUCCCUGCUGAUUGGAGACGUCACCCACCACGAGGAGGCCGUCCGUUCUGCUGCAGCCGAAGCUCUAUCAAGCGCCGUGUCCCAGUACAGAGACCAGUCUGCCACAGUGCUCGGCCAGCUCACUGAGCUCUACCACCAGAAACUCUAUAGACCCCCUCCUGUGCUGGAUGCCCUGGGCAGAGUCAUCUCUGAAGCGCCACCAGACCAAUGGGAGGCCAGGUGUGGCAUUGCUCUGGCUCUGAACAAGCUGUCUCAGUACCUAGACGAAGCUCAGGUCACCCCACUCUUCCUCUUCUUUGUUCCUGAUGCUCUGAAUGACCGCCACACUGAGGUGCGGCGCUGCAUGCUGGACGCUGCCCUCUCUGCUCUCAACACACACGGAAAGGACAACGUGAGCUGCCUGCUGCCAGUGUUUGAGGAGUUUCUGAAGAAUGCCCCACAGGACGCCAGCUAUGAUUCUGUCCGUCAGAGCGUGGUUAUUCUCAUGGGCUCCCUGGCCAAACAUCUGGACAAAAAUGACCCCAAGGUCAAACCCAUUGUGGCCAAGCUCAUCACUGCACUCUCUACACCUUCACAGCAGGUCCAGGAGUCUGUGGCCAGCUGUUUACCUCCUUUAGUCCCUGCCAUCAAAGAGGACGCUGCAGGGAUUGUAAGGAACCUGCUGCAGCUGCUGCUAGAGAGCGACAAGUAUGCAGAGAGAAAAGGAGCUGCGUAUGGGCUGGCUGGCCUGGUCAAAGGUCUCGGGAUCCUGGCGCUCAAGCAGCAGGACAUCAUGACAACGCUGACCGACGCCAUCCAGGACAAGAAAAACUUUAGACGGAGGGAAGGAGCCCUUUUUGCCUUUGAGAUGCUGUGUAACAUGUUGGGGAAGUUGUUUGAGCCGUAUGUGGUCCACGUGCUGCCACACCUCUUGCUCUGCUUUGGAGACGGAAACCAGUAUGUCAGAGAGGCUGCAGAUGACUGUGCCAGAGCUGUGAUGAGGAACCUGAGUGCGCACGGGGUGAAGCUGGUCCUUCCCUCCCUGCUCGUGGCCCUGGAGGAGGAGUCCUGGAGAACUAAAGCAGGCUCGGUGGAGUUGCUGGGAGCCAUGGCUUUCUGUGCACCCAAGCAGUUGUCCUCCUGCCUGCCCAGCAUUGUGCCCAAGCUGACUGAGGUGCUGACUGACUCCCAUGUGAAGGUGCAGAAGGCCGGCCAGCAAGCCCUCCGACAGAUUGGCUCUGUCAUCCGCAACCCUGAAAUCCUGGCCAUUACCCCCAUCCUGCUGGACGCUCUCACCGAUCCGUCCAAAAGGACCCAGACGUGCCUGCAGACGCUGCUGGACACCAAGUUUGUACACUUCAUCGACGCCCCCUCCCUGGCCCUCAUCAUGCCCAUCGUCCAGAGGGCCUUCCAGGAUCGCUCCACUGACACUCGCAAGAUGGCCGCUCAGAUCAUAGGCAACAUGUACUCCCUCACUGACCAGAAGGACCUAUCACCCUACCUGCCUAGCGUUAUUCCUGGACUGAAGGCCUCUCUGUUGGACCCGGUGCCUGAGGUACGCACAGUCUCAGCCAAAGCCCUGGGUGCCAUGGUGAAGGGGAUGGGUGAAUCCUGCUUUGACGACCUGCUGCCGUGGCUCAUGGAGACGCUGGCCUCUGAACAGAGCUCUGUAGAUCGCUCUGGAGCUGCGCAAGGUCUGGCUGAGGUGAUGGCUGGACUGGGAGUGGAGAAGCUGGACAAGCUGAUGCCAGAUGUGGUGCAAACUGCCAGCAAAGUAGACAUUGCCUCCCACGUCAGAGAUGGCUACAUCAUGAUGUUCAUCUACCUGCCCCUCACCUUUGGAGACAAGUUUACUCCCUACGUUGGGCCCAUCAUCCCCUGCAUUCUCAAGGCUCUGGCUGAUGAAAACGAAUAUGUGAGAGACACGGCACUGCGAGCCGGCCAGCGAAUCAUCAGCAUGUAUGCUGAGACCGCCAUCGCAUUGCUGCUUCCUGAGCUGGAACAGGGACUGUUUGAUGACCUGUGGAGAAUCAGGUUCAGCUCUGUGCAGCUGCUUGGAGAUCUGUUGUUCCAUAUCUCUGGAGUGACAGGAAAGAUGACCACAGAGACCGCUUCUGAGGAUGACAACUUUGGAACAGCUGCAUCCAAUAAAGCUAUCAUUGGAGCUCUUGGCGCUGAGCGGCGUAAUCGUGUCCUUUCUGGCCUCUAUAUGGGCCGCUCAGACACUCAGCUGGUGGUUCGACAGGCUUCACUCCAUGUGUGGAAGAUUGUGGUGUCCAACACCCCCAGAACUCUUCGAGAGAUCCUCCCAACCCUCUUCAGUCUUCUGCUGGGCUUCUUGGCUUCCACCUGCCCUGACAAGAGAACGAUCGCUGCUCGUACACUGGGGGAUCUGGUGAGGAAGCUGGGAGAGAAGAUUCUCCCUGAGAUUAUCCCCAUCCUGGAGGAGGGACUGCGCUCUGACAAGAGCGACGAGAGGCAGGGAGUCUGCAUCGGGCUCAGUGAGAUUAUGAAGUCCACCAGCAAAGACGCAGUGCUGGUCUUCUCUGAGUCACUGGUUCCCACAGUGAGGAAGGCUCUCUGUGACCCCCUAGAGGAAGUCCGAGAGGCUGCAGCCAAAACCUUUGAGCAGCUUCAUGCAACUAUCGGUCACCAGGCACUGGACGACAUCCUGCCUACCCUCCUCAAACAGCUGGAUGAUGAGGAGACAGCUGAGUUUGCUUUGGAUGGCCUGAAGCAAGUCAUGGCGGUAAAGAGUCGCUCUGUGCUGCCUUACUUGGUUCCAAAGCUGACUGCUCCUCCUGUCAACACCCGUGUUCUGGCUUUCCUGUCCGCUGUGGCUGGAGACGCUCUGACACGCCACCUGGGGGUGAUCCUGCCCGCCUUACUCUCCUCCCUCAAAGAAAAGCUGGGAACAGAGGAUGAAGCACAGGAGUUGUGCAGCUGUCAAACAGUGAUUCUCUCAGUGGAGGAUGAAGUGGGCCAGCGGAUCAUCAUAGAGGACCUGCUGGAGGCCACUCGAGGCGCUGACCCCGGCCUCAGACAGGCUGCUGUCACCAUCCUCAACGCCUACUUUUCUCGUACCCGCCUGGACUACAGUGCCCAUACUCGCACCCUGCUGUCAGGUCUCAUCCGCCUUCUGAACGACUCCAACCCAGAGGUCCUGUCUCAGAGCUGGGAGACCAUCAAUUCCAUUACCAAGAGACUGGAUGCUAGCAGCCAGCUGGCUCUGAUUGAUGACCUGCAUCGAGACAUUAGAUCAGCAGCUGCAGACGUUAAGGGUCAGCACCUGCCGGGUUUCUGUCUGCCCAAGAAGGGUGUGACCUGUAUCCUCCCUGUCCUGAGAGAAGGUGUCCUCACUGGUAGCCCUGAACAGAAAGAAGAGGCAGCUAAAGCAUUAGGAGGAGUCAUCAAGUUGACCUCUCCUGAGGCCUUGCGGCCCUCUGUUGUCAACAUCACUGGGCCGCUCAUUCGAAUCUUGGGAGACCGCUUUGCCUGGACAGUAAAGACCGCUCUGCUGGAGACUCUGACUCUGCUACUGGCAAAGGUGGGCAUUGCCCUGAAGCCCUUCCUGCCUCAGCUGCAGACCACCUUCCUGAAGGCCCUGCAGGACACCAGCCGUGGGGUGAGGCUGAGAGCCGCUGAGGCUCUGGGCCAACUGGUUUCCAUCCACACCAAGGUGGACCCACUCUUCACUGAGCAGCUCUCUGCCAUUCGCAAUGCUGAGGACGCAGGAGUCAGGGAGACUAUGCUCCAAGCCUUGAGGUUUGUCAUCCAGGGGGCUGGUUCAAAGGUGGACCCAGCCAUCCGCAAGAACAUCACCACCACAUUACUAGGCAUGCUGGGACAUGAUGAGGAUGCAACUCGUAUGGCGUCAGCCGGCUGUGUUGGUGAGCUGUGUGCCUUCCUGUCAGAGGAGGAGCUGAAGAACGUGUUACUUCAGCACAUCUUGGCGGACGUGUCUGGUGUUGACUGGAUGGUGCGUCAUGGUCGUAGCUUGGCCCUGGCCAUAGCUGUCAAGUCUGCUCCCGAGAAGCUGUGUGAGAAGGAAUACUGUGAUACUGUGACUGAGACAAUUUUGGCCAACGCUACAGCUGACAGGAUUCCCAUUGCUACCAGUGGGAUCAGAGCUUUGGGCUUCCUGGUCAGGCAUCAUCUCAGAACAGAGGGAGGCAAUAGUGUUUCCCAGCGCAUCAUUACACAGUUUGUCAAGUGUCUUCAGAAUCAGUCCAGUGACAUCAGACUGGUGUCUGAGCGCGUGCUGUGGUGGGUGUUCAAAGACCCAGCAACGCCCUCUAUGGAGGCCAAUCUCAUCAAGCCCCUGCUAAAGAGUCUGCUGGACAACACCAAGGACAAGAACACCAGCGUCAGAGCUCAGAGCGAACACACCAUCGUCAACCUGUUGCGACUCCGCCAGGGAGAGGAAACAAUGCAGAGUAUGACUGCCAUUCUGGACUCUGCAAGUAAUGAUCUAUUGUCAGAGUGUCAUCGCCGGUCCUUGAAGAAAAUCGCCAGCCUGCCAGACUCCAAUGAAGAGAUUGAUGACACCAUCCUAACGUGAUGGAGCAGGACUGAGCCAUGAAAUGAUCUCUGCAGAUCCCCACUGUAUGACCCCAGACACACUCACUACACAUGCCCAUGUCGCCUUCAUGGACUAAGGUUGAGAUGGGUAUUGUUUUCCCCCAUAUUCCCCAACAAAUUUCUUUUUUCUUUCUUUUUUUUUGUUCCUCAGUUUGCGUCACUGUUUUAGAGGCCUUUAAGCCCAGUUUAUGUUUUUUUAAUUUUAUCUCACAAUGUGCAGGUUAUUCUUCUGUACUGAACUACAUAAGGCCAAAACCGUUUUGAUGUUUCACUGUUUUGCUACUUAUUUUACCAAAUUAAUUUCAAGCAUUUAAGAUGCCGCUGUAACGAAACUACACCCCUAUGAUUAACUUUUAUUUGGACUUUGUGUGUGAGAGUUGUUUGAGGGGAAUGCAACCUUUUAUAAGAAUAAAAAUCAUUCUUAUAUCAGUGAUACGGUUGUAAAAAGGCAAAACAAAAUAAAAAUAUCUUGAUUUCA